UACAAAACCUUAUAUUUUUGUUUAAUAUUAUGAAGAUUUACUUUUCUCUAAAAUUCAACGGGCAAAAUUUAUUUUAGCUCAAUUCAUCUCUUAAUCUCUCUCUCUCUAGGGAACUGAGAGAUUUAUUAUUAGGUUUUGAAUGAGCUUAAAUAUAAGGUUUUUGAGUUGUGAAGCAUGGAUGAAUUGAAAAUAGAGGAUUGCUGUACCGAGAAUAAGCAAUCAACGGCUGCUUCAGCUUCUUCGGUUUCUGAAAAUAGUGGCAGUGUAACUGUAAAGUCAUUGGAAGUAUGCAGCCCGACGCCUACAUCACCAGCUCAUCGGAGAACCACUGGUCCAAUUAGACGAGCAAAAGGUGGUUGGACUCCUGAAGAGGAUGAUACUUUGAGAAGGGCUGUUGCAGUUUACAGGGGGAAGUGCUGGAAGAAAAUAGCUGAAUUCUUUCCGGAUAGAUCUGAAGUGCAAUGCCUGCAUCGAUGGCAAAAGGUUCUGAACCCAGACCUUGUAAAAGGACCCUGGACUCAAGAGGAGGAUGAUAAGAUCAUUGAACUGGUGGCAAGGUAUGGCCCUACAAAAUGGUCUGUCAUAGCCAAAUCAUUGCCUGGUCGGAUAGGGAAGCAAUGCCGUGAGAGGUGGCACAAUCAUUUGAAUCCAAAUAUUAAAAAAGAUGCCUGGACGUUGGAGGAGGAACUAGCACUCCUAGAUGCUCAUCGGAUCUAUGGGAACAAGUGGGCUGAAAUAGCUAAAGUCCUACCUGGAAGGACUGAUAAUGCAAUCAAGAACCAUUGGAAUAGCUCCAUGAAGAAGAAGUUAGACUUUUAUUUGGCUACUGGAAACCUUCCAUCUGUUGGUAGGGACGGCCUUCAAAAUGGUUGUAAGGACACAACUGGUACAGCUUCAGCUGAAAAGGCGCUUGUUUACUCACAUAAAGGAUCAGAUUCAACUGAGCUUGCUUCAUCAGGAACUACCGAUGUGUGUAAAAUAGAAAAUUGUGACAAGAAUCAUCAAGAUGCCAAACUGCUGGUUGCAAAUAUUGAUGCUUCCAAUAGUGGUCCUAAAAAUGAGUCUGCUGAUUCUGAAGUUGUUAGGUGGGAGGCAGAGUCACCGGUAAUGGAUUCUAUCCAUGUUAAACAAAUUAAGGAAAUCAAGUUUGAAGGAUAUGGAAAGACUAGUGAAGUUGAUCAAUUUAAAGUCAUUGAAACUCCAUUUUCUUGUGAAAUUCCUACAUAUGGUACAUUAUACUACGAACCUCCACAGUUAGAAAGUUGUAUUUCAAUGGAUUCAGAUCAUCUGAAUAUUCGACGGGCACAUUGUGAAUCUGAUUCAAGUCCAAGUUUGUCACCUAGUUCUUUCUUGACUCCACCUAGUAGUCUGAAGGGUAGUAGUUUGUAUUCACAAACCCCUGAAUCCAUACUGAAGACUGCUGCUAGAAGCUUCCCGAAUACGCCUUCCAUAUUUAGGAAGAGGAAAUUGAACUACACACCAGGUAAUAAAAUUGGGAAUGCAGAUGGAGAUACGCAUAAGGAUGAAGUACAUGAUGCUUGUGAGGACAAACAAACUGACAGUUCAGAAAAAUAUGUCAUGAUUCGGGGAAGUUCUUCGAAAAACCCUUCUUACAAUGGUAUUGGGCCAUGCGAUACCCAGGCGUUUAACGCCUCUCCUCCAUAUCGAAUAAGGUCCAAACGGAAGUCCAUCUUCAGGUCUGUGGAGAAACAGCUUAAGUUUGCAUUCGACAAUGAGCAGCACAAUACUAGUACUGGAAUUAAUGAUUCAACUGUCAAAGAGAUAUCACAUGUAGCAGAUUGUUUGCGUGCAACAAGAAUGGGUAUCACCUAAAGCCUAUGGAUAACUGCUGGAAUCAGUAUUUUUACCCUGCUAUUAUCCGUGACACCGGCUGUCAUGCAGUUGGAAUUCUUGAGGUGUUGACCUUCAUGAAUCAAAAGACCUCAUCAAAUUCCAGAAGAAUUGACCUUGCAUAUAUACGUCUGUGUUAGGUUCCUUCUGAGUUUUCUUUUUUUCUUUUCUCAUCUACACCAAUUAUUUUUAGGUCCUUGGCUAUUCAUUAUACAUAGAUAUUAUAACAGUGAGUAUUAUUGAACUUGAAGAUAAGUUGCAAUCUAUUAGUACAGGAACUCAUCUAAGUACAUUGGUGGAAAAGUAUGUCGAAAAUAGUUGUUCAAUAAGAUCAAUUGUUUUGCUGGAUAGUA